AUGACGUCUCCUCUUGCCAUUGCUCCACGAUUAGACGAUUCAGAUCACUCCUCGGAUAUACCCAUAAAGAGAAGAAAGCUUUCAGAGCAGAACUCAGACAAUGGAUCUACUGGAGUACAUCCUCCCUACGACAAUGAUUUUGCAUUAUCAAAUAAUGAGGUUUCUCCACGAACUGGUACUGUCCCCAACAAUAAGUCCAGCCCCCACCGAAACUCUGUGUCGCCUACACUGCUACCCCCUUCUCUCGACUUCUCGCUUCCAUUUGGCCAUCUUAUUCCUCACAAUCCAACCGACGAUCUUAUCCAACUUUUAUCGAUAUCAAAAGUACUUCAUUCCAUUCUUGAUACCCAUGAUUCGAUCGUCAUUGACAACUUUUUCAUUGGUUUCAACCAUUUGUGCCAGAUGAAACAAUAUCCUUGUACCAUAACCAUGGCUCUGGACUUGCUCAAGUACUUGGCCAUUUAUAAUACCACCACGUCCAAUAACGUUGGUAGUGGUGACAAUAAAAGAGAUAAGAACUUGGACAUCAGUAAAUUCAAGUUGUGCCAAAUAUAUGCCAUUAUCUCCCUCGGAUAUAACAUUAAUGAUGAUUUCGAUAACGGCCGAGUGUAUUUUGAGAAUUCCUGGGACUUGCUUGUGACUGACUUGAUUCCUAACACUUUUACAAAGCUAUUUGAUCAAGUGGAGAUAAUGAAUAACAUGUUCAUCGUAACCGUUACCUUUCUCCAGUUCCACAACAAGCUACUGACGCCUGAUGUGAAUUUGAAGGUGAUUAUCAACUAUUUCAAUGAUAUUUCGUUUGUUGUAUAUUCUAACCUCUUGAAUUUAAACAAGUGCUUAUUAACAGAUAGCAGAAUCCUAUUCUGGUGUGUCUACAACUUGCUUCUGAAGUAUUUACCUGUUGCAAAUGGUUCAGAGUUCCAACCUUUGAAGUUGUAUCAAGCAUUUUUAAAUUCCAAAUUUAUUAAUGAUAUGACAUUGAACUCGGUGCUUCAAAACUCAUGCAGAUCGGCGAUUUCGUUCCCAGCUAAAAAUAACGAAGAGUUGAUCUUCCUUCAACUGAUUGUGAUUUACACUUUAAGCAAUGAAUUAUUCCAUUUUGUUGGGUGCAAAAAGUUCCAGGUGUUUGAUAAUAAAAACUCUUUACACAACUCGGUAAUAUUGAUUAACAAAUCCAUGUCAUUUACCGGAGCCAAUUUUGCCCCCAGUAACAAAAUAUUCGAGUUAUUUAAGAAGAAGUUGAUCAUCAAUUCACCUUUAAAAUUCCAUGAAUUGCUCAACAAUUAUAUCAUUCAAUUAAGUUCCUUUCACACAUGGUAUUUGCUUAUGCUUACCUUGAAGGAAUUCAACUUAGGGCUCAAUGACUUAUCAAAAUUGACACUACAAUUAAUGGACACAAGUCAAAGAACUCCUCCCCCAUCUCCAAAGGAAUUGGUUGAAGAUAAGUUUUUCAAUAUUUAUAAUCAAAUUGAUAUUGUGAACAACAACAUCUCGAUCGUUUGCUUCCCGAUUAUCUUCAACUACAACUUAUUGAAACAACAGCCAUCUCAUCCCAAUAAGUUUUCAAGUUUGGAACGAGAUUCCUUGGUUAAAUUCUUUGUGGAAUGGUAUUUAUCCAUGAUCAAAUUACUUGUGGGAAUCUUCAAGUACAAAUCUCUUGAUAAUUAUGUGAACCAAUCUUUGAUUUACCUUUUGAACCAAAACACCAGUCAAGUUUUACCCGAGGAAAUGGCUUUUGACGAAGAUAGUUUUUGGGAUUUAAAGGGUAAAAUCGAACUGAUCUUCAAGAGAUAUGUGGUUGAUUUGUGCCUUUAUCCAGAUUUCGAUAUCUUGCAAGAUAAUUUGAACAGUUAUUUGAUACCUGUGAUUAAGCAACACUUAAACUUUGCCAAAUCCAAUUCUACUACUAGUGCUGUUGCUGUUGCACAAUCAAAAACAUCAGUCACCACCAAAUAUACUUCCUCUGAACUUCCAAGUGUUGUCUCUGCACAGAAUAUAUAUGGUGGAGGUAGUGGUAGUGGUAGUGGAGAUGACAUGGGGUACAAUAGAUCCCCCAAAAGUGUUGGACCAAGACAUUCAAUUACACUUCCAUCACCAAUGAAUAGAAGAUCACAUUCUAUUUCUAUUGGAAUGCUUCAAUCCAAGUUCCCACCACCUAUGUCGAACGUUACUGUGUCCCCUGUCCCAUCAUCACAUGGACACCUGAACAGUACAUCAUCAUCAUUUCCAAGCACUUUACAAGUACCUGGUAGUGGUAGAUCGAAUAGCAAUGGAGGAAGUAUCGGAGGAGGCAGUAUAAUUGUUAAUGGGUCAUCAAUAUCAGGGUUAUCAGCACAUUCAUCAGUGUCAUCAUCUUCCAAUUAUUCCACAUAUUCAAUUAAUCAAUCAUCUUCAAUGACAGCUACACUUUCACCACCAUGUCAACCACAGCAACUUGUGAGUAAGUUACUCCCACCUCCACUUGAAGCCAUCUUACCUUCAACCCCUACCAUGCAUCAGCAGCGGGCUGGACCAGCUACUGGACAUACCUUUUAUGGAGCCACAAAUACUACAAAUAACUUGGGUACUCCGCUCUUGGCUAAUUCAACAAUACCUCCUCCAUUAACUGGUGGAGGUGGUGCUGGGGGGUCGCACAUCUUCCCGUCUUUGGCACUUCCACUGCCCAAUCAACCAGUGGUUACGCCUCUUUACAUGUACACCAAUGGGGCAGGAACCGAUGGGAAGAGUGCCAAUGGAUUCAAAUAA